AUGCCAGACGACAGUCCCAGUGCCCAUGGUGGACCUGACGCCGCGCUCCAGAGAGGGAUCCAAUCUCUUCCAACUGAGCUCUUGCUAGCCAUCAUCAGCUGGCUUACCCUCUCUCCUAAAAUCGACACUCUCCGCAUCUCCCGCGCGAUCUAUCACCAAAGCAUUCCGCACCUCGACUUGUACGUCCACCCGCCAAAAUUGAACCGAAACAACGUCGAGAGCUUCUACAGCCGAUCGUCGCGAUGGUUGCUUCAUCGCAGAGACAAGAAUUCUUACAGGAUGGAAGAUAUGGACUUUGGUCAACAGCUGGUGACGGUGAUAGAUGGUCUUGAGCUCGACGACUAUAUCAACCUCCCGCCUUUCCUGAGCAAAGUCUUUCUCCUCCAACAAGUGGAUACGUUGGUCAUUGGCGAUGCUAUCGCUCUUGCGGAAACUGAUUACGUCGUCUCUUACCAUCGCUCUUUUGUGACUUGGGUCCACGGUCGUAGUUUCAAGACUCCCAGAAUCAAAGAGCGUCUCGAAGCUCCCCUGUUUCGGAAAGUGAAGGACGUUAUCGUUGAUAUUGGUGGUGAGGGUGAGAACAUGAGCCAGGAGAAGGAUUGGGGCUGGGCCACAAUGCUAAGUUUGGGCGACGUCUUUCCCAAGCUCCAGAAUGUCACUUUGAUCUUGCCUACCAACUUUGAUACCGAAAAUCUCGCUUACACAAGGAUAGUCGAAGCGUUGCGCGCAUGUCGUCUCCAGAGACUCACUAUUCAUGGAUUGCCUCCUGAUUCUUGGGUAACAUUCUCGCAAGACUUGGGAGCGUGGGCGGCAGAGGUGACAAUCGUAUAUCCCAGCUAG